AUGAAUCUACAAGAAGUGGAAGCAUCAUAUAAUGAAAUAACCUCAUCAGCAUUGAAACUUAUCAUGGAGAUUUCAAUCAAUAAACUGAAGAAUUUUCAAAGUACUUUACAGCCAUCGACAGGACCACUUAUAAGAUCAAUAGAGAAUAAAAAUAAUUUAUUAAUGGAUAACUCCAAUAGAUCAACUACAAUUGAUUCAUCUCAACAUAUCUCUUUCAAAAAAACAUCUAAUAGUUUUUCACCAAGUAAUCGGUUGUACAGGAUAAUGGUAAUUUUAAAAAUUGCUAAAAAAGCAAGAUCUGUGUUAUUAAACCGAGAAGCACUUAAUACACCACAAACGGAUAAUAAAUCAGUUGAUGUACAAAACAUUUCCUCUUCCGAAAACGACUCAAACAAUCAUUCAUAUAACACACAGCAAUGUGAUCCUGUGAAACAACCUAGAACACCAAAUCUGAGUUCAAUUCAGACAAAAACGCAUUCAGAAUUACGAGUUUUACAUUCAAACAAACAAAAUGAACAAGUGUAUCAAUGUGUCUAUGAUUCUGUUCCAAAUAACUCUUCAGUAUGCACUAGCAAUAAAAGAGCACUUGAUUCUAAUCCAUCUACUUCGAUACCUGAAAAACGUGCAUUUUUAAAUUUUCGAAGUGAAAAUCCUAUGAAAUGUGAUAAAUCAUCACAUCAAGAUACAUUAAAUGUAAUGUAUAGUUUAACUACUCCAUACAAUACAGGGAAUAUGGAAAAUAGUCAAAUUAAACCAAAAUUUAACCAACAUAACGAUAACGAUGAUGAAUAUGACGAUCCUAAUGAUAAUGUCAUUAUGUAUUCAAAAUCUUAUCCCUUGUGCAAAUGUCGAUUAUCAAUCCAAAAUUCUGAAGUAUGUGGUUUAGGAAAUGGUCUAAUCGCAUCAAAUGAAGUAUUAUUAUCAAGUACUUCUCUUCAACAAAUGAAUCAUUCAAUGGAUUAUGAAGAAAUUAGUAAUGAUUAUGGACGAGAUAUGUGUAUAUGUCUUUCCAAUUCACCAAAUUCACGACCAUUGAUUACUGGAAUAAUAUGA